AUGGAGACCCGCAAGCUCCCGCGCAUCCUGUCUUCACGCUCCCUAGCCGGCGUGGCAGCAGCUUACUCGCGCCGCAACAUGGCUUGGAACGACGACGGGCAGCUCCUCCUCGUAACGCGGCAAGCCGUUACUGUUGCUACUCCGUACCUCACAACAACGCUGGCUUCGCCGUCGGUGCAGCUCGACCUGGCGCUGCACCGUUCCCUGAAUCCGGCCGCGCGUAUUGUCAAGGAGGAAGAGGAUGAUGACGACGAUACGAUCCACGUCGACUUGCCCGAGCAGGCGACGCAUGUGCUUGCGCGUAGCCCGUUUGAGGUGCGGUGGUGGGUUACUGCCGCUGUAUCCAAGGAAAAAGGGAGUGAUGACGAGUACGGAUGGACGGGGCUUGGCGAUGAGGUGACUGGGGUUGUGGCGGACCGCGAUAGGUUGAUGCGCGCCGCGGUGUGGUCACCGUCGGGGCUGAAUGCGCUUGGUGGAGCUCUGCUGGUCGUGCUGAGCAACCACGGCGUAGCGAGCGUGCACGCCCCCGAAGACGCAUAUAACCAGGCCUGGAGCGAGAUUGCCGACCUGUCGCGCGCGACGGUCCAGGUGCUCGGCGACGGCGAAAUCGAGGGCCCCAGUCCCACGCUGGCGGGCAUGCUGCAUAUGCGCAAGACGGCUAUGGAGUGGUCCCCACCCACUCCCCUGCCGACCAUGCUCGGCAUCGAUGGGAGUGUACUGGCUCUUGGGAACAGGGCGGGCGGCGUGGAACUGUGGGCGUACGACGGCGGAUUUACGCACCUCACGGCUGUGUAUCUGCCGCGCCCGUUUGCGACCGAGGUGACGUGGUCGCCGUGGCGGAUCGUAGACGACGAGACUUGCGUCGCGCAGCUCGCAGCAGCCACGUCCGAUGGUGGCGUUUGCGUACUUGCUGUUACACGCAAGGCCUAUGCGAGGAGCGGCACAUGGGACCUCACGGUCGGGUCGUUCUCGACCGUUGUUCAGCCAGAUAAACGCACCGUCAACGCCAUGAAGUGGAUCACUGAUGACACACUUGUAAUGACCAAACCCGGCACCGUUUCUAUCUGGUCGACGUCCGGGGACGCGCCCAAAACAAUACGCCUUGAACGCGUCGGCAACUGGGCCGGCUGCAAUGCGCUCGGCCAGGCGAUGGACAUCCAUUUUGUCGCCCCGCACACGCUUCACAUUGUGCUAUCAAGCUUAUCACACCACGUCAUCACGGACAUCUUCUCUUCUCCACACCAGUUGUGCGACGAGUCGCUACGGCUCACUCUCUCGGCGCGCGACGUCUUCCUUGACGGUCGAAAGAAACGGCGACGCACGUUCCUCGCCCAGACUGACCGCGAGCUCACGGCCAAUACGGGGGGUUACGCUGCCACAGGUGCGACUGGAGACAUUGCUGCCUGGAUUGCUGAACCCGUCAACUUUCACAACCUUGACAACGCGACUGAAGUGAACCGCGCUUUCGACUUUGUAGUAGCGGAUCUGGCGCCGGACGGUGCGGAUGCGCGCGUGCAGCGGCUGAAGAGCGCGCUGGAGGACUCCCCCAGUCUGCUCGACCGCUCGCCUUUAGCUGUUCUCGUGCCCCACCUUCUGGGCUUGAUUGCGCUACGCGAUUUCGCGCAAGUGGGCGUGGCAGUGCUAGGCCUCCUGACUCCCCAUGAGGAUCCGAGGAUUGCAAUCGCGAGCCAGAGUCACGGUCAUCAAGGCCAGGGUGGGAGGCGCGCGCUAAUGCACAUUUUCUGGGGUGGUUGGCUUGAUACGUAUCGCUUAACCAUGGUGUUGGCGCAAUGGGGCGAGCGCGCUUGGCCACCCCUUGCACCAGAGUUCCGUGGCGCCUCCCUUAAGCUACAGGACGCGAUCCAGCUCGCGCUUGCGGAAUCCAUGGCAAAGUGGGCGGGAACCGACAUUGGCGAGGAUGACGCUAUGUUCGUCGCCCAACUUGCCGAUGGCGCAGUAGCCGCUGGCCAGUGUCCAGCCUGUGGCGACACGAUUGAAUUUGCCUCCGGCACUGCCGUGUGUGCAAAGGGCCACGACUGGGAACGAUGCAGCGUCACCCGAUUGCUCAUCACUACGCCAGAGUACCGCAUCUGCACGGUAUGUCCCGCAGUGUCGCGUGUGCCGUCCUCUUGGGGACGGCAGGAGAAGGAGAGCGUAGCUAGUUUGAGUCUCGCGCAGACGGCACUUGAUGCGGCGGUGGCGUGUGUGAUGUGUGGCGGGCGGUGGGCGCGGCCUGUGUAA